UAAUUAAGAACAAAAAGAAAGAAAGAGUGAAGAGACAUGGAAGAAGAGUAGCUCUUGCAAACAAGAAUUGGAAAAAGAUUACCAACCAAACCAUUGACUAGCCCAUUUUCUCUUCUGCCUUGCUCGCUUUCUCUUUGGAUCUGAGUCUCUCUUUCAAAUGGGAAACAAUCCAUUCUUAUUUGCCCCUACAGAUUCCUAUUCUCAACCAUCAUUACCGUCAUCGUCGUCAUCACAGUCGCCGUUGCAAUCACCAUCGCCGUCAUCUAAUUCAUGUUCUUCACGUCCAUCUUCCGAUUCUUCUCCAAGUCUUAAUUCUCCUUUGCAGCCUUCUCAACAAAGUCUUCCUCAACUGCCUUCCCAUACUUCUUCAAGUCAUUUUGAUCCGCCUUCUGCGGCUGUUGUCGGACCCUGUGCCGCAUGCGAAAUCCUUCGCCGGCGAUGUACUGAUAAGUGUUAUUUAGCUUCUUAUUUUCCUCCAACUACUGAACCAGAUAAAUUGAACAUCAUUGAUAGUGUUUUCGGUGUUAGCAAUACGGUCAAGAUCUUGCAGAAUCUCCCUAAGUGUCAAAGAGUAGAUGCUGUAAGUAGUAUGAUUUAUGAAGCAAAUGCAAGAAUUAGAGACCCGGUUUAUGGGUGUGUAGGUCAUAUUUCCCUCCUUCAAAAACAAGUCAGUGAACUUCAAGCUCAAUUGGCCAAAGCACAGGUAGAGGUGGUGAACGUGCAAUGCCAACAAGCUAAUUUUGAUAGGUCUUAUUUUUAUAGUAUUUUUAAUAUAGUUUUUAAUAAGAUUUUAAGUUUUUUUAAUUAUUUUAAUUAAUUUUUAUUUAUUUAUGUUUUUCAAUAAAGCUUCCUUGAAUUAUAUUUCACUUGAUCUUGAGGAAUUUUGCAAGAUUUUUAUAGGAAACCAGCCAAAAAUGCAACAUAAUAUCAAUUGUCAAAGACUUCCAGCAAGUAGCACCCCAGGGCGUGUUACCUAGCACCCCCGUGCUACUUUGCAGAGUUCAACUUGGGCCGAAAUUUCACAUUAAGCUUGUGUUGCUCACAUGAAGAUAUUGUGGAACGUACCUUAUUAAAGUUGAAGUCUUAUUUAAACACUGGGAGAGUCCUAAUUGAAAAGAAAUACAAAGCCUAAACAGUUUUCUAUCUCCAAAAAAUUUCUUACUCUAUAAAGAUUCACUUUCCUAAACG